AACCACAUUCUGUGUUUUCCAAGGCACCCUGAACGUAGCACGAGGUUUGACAGCUACACAGCCAAACAUGGCGACUGCUAGCUAGCGCAACCAGGUUAUUAUCUAUCCGUUCGGCUCUCUGGUAACGUUAUGUGAAGGCGGUUUGUGAGCCUCAUUUAAAGGAAGACAGGUGUGAAGCGACACAACAACAGUGGGCUGAGGGCGGACUGUUCCUGCUUGGUUUCCUCACCCUGUUUGCCGAUAUGUUUCUCAGGUGAUCUCAGGCCUCUUUGUGAACCAGCCCCUCACCCACCCCUGCUCACAAUGUCAUCGCCACCAACAAACCCCCCCACCAGCACCUCCCUGUCCCCUGGGUCUGGGGUGCAGCCCUUGGCUGCCCUGGACUCCCUGUCCAUGUCUUCCCUCCUGUCUGGGGAUUUAGAUGAAGAAGUUGACGGAGGAAGAGGGGAAGGGGAGGAGGACGGGCUCCGAGACCUAGAAGUGAACCCUUAUGAUGGUUUGCCUUUUUCUUCGCGCUACUACGCUCUGCUGGAAGAGAGGCGGCAGUUUCCCAUCUGGAGGCUCAGGCAGAGUCUGCUGGAGCACCUGGAGAGCCACAACAUGCUGCUGCUCAGCGCACCGAGUGGAGCGGGGAAAAGCACCCAGGUGCCACAGUGGUGUGUGGAGUAUGCUUUGUCCUAUGAAUUUUCUCAGGGCCUGGUGUGUUGUUCCCAGCCUUAUUCGGUGACAGCGUUGAGUCUGGCCCUUCGCGUGGCUGAUGAGAUGGACCUCAGUCUUGGUCUGGAGGUGGGCUACAGGGUGUCUCAUGAUGACAGCUGUACACCUGACACCCUGCUCAGGUUUGUCAGUGACACCGUCCUGCUAGAGGAAAUGAUGUCAGACCCUCUGCUGCAUCAGUAUGGAGUCGUUGUGUUGGACGAGCUCCAGGAGCGUACGGUGCCCACCGACGUGCUGCUGGGCCUGCUGUGUGACGUCUGCCGGCAGAGGCCAGACAACUUCCGGGUGGUUCUCAUCACUCACCCAACACUGGCGCCUCGCCUCUCUGCCUUCCUGGGGCCGUCGGUCCCUCACCUUUCCCUGGACAGCAUGCUCACAGACCCCCCCGCCAGAGAACAGGAGGAGGGGAGCGAGGUAGGGGGCGACAGAACAGCUGUUGAGUUGAACCGGGUGGAGACGCUUUACCGGGAGCUUUCAUCUGGGAAGGACCCGGUGGCUGCUGCCUGUCACAUGGUGCUGGAUCUGCACCGAAGGGGAGAGGAGGGAGACGUGAUGGUGUUUUUGGCCAGUGCACAGGAAACAGAGGCGUGUGUGGCUCUGCUGGAGAAGGAGUGUGUAGCUCUGAGUCCUCAGCUUGGUUCUCUCAGGAUCCUCCCCCUCCAUGCUGGACUGGGUGGGCUGACCCAACGGGUCUACGAAUCCAGCCCCGAAGCUUCUUCAUUGAGGGAGAGUGAAAGCUCAGAUGGCCGUAACGGCUCGGUGCUGGGAGCCGGAGGUCAGGGGGUGAGAAGGAAGGUUAUCCUCUCCGAUGCCCUCGCAGAGGCUUCCUUCUCCCUGUCAGCCAUUCGCUAUGUCAUAGACACAGGCUUUCAACUCAAAACUGUUUACAAUACACAGAUUCGAGCUAACUCGCAGGUCGUGAGGAUGAUCAGCAAACACCAGGCCGACAUGAGAACUCAAAGGGUGAACAGCCACCUCCCAGGGCUGUGUCUCCGUCUUUACCCCCAGUCUCUGUAUGAGGAUGGGAUGGAGGAGGCUCAUUGUCCAGGGGUGGUGGAGGAAAACCUGAGUCACUUGGUGCUGUUGCUUAAAAGGCUUGAUAUUGCCGACAUGGGACAGUGCAAGUUCCUGGACAGACCAGCCCCCGAGGCUCUAAUGCAGGCUCUGGAGGACCUGGACUACCUGGCAGCACUGGACGACGACGGGAACCUGUCAGAGGUGGGCAUCAUAAUGUCAGAGCUGCCACUGGAGCCACCGCUGGCUAAAGCCCUGAUAGCUGCCUGCGAGUACGACUGUGUUGAUGAGCUUCUCACUAUAGCCGCCAUGCUCACAGCUCCCUCCUGCUUCCUGACAUUAGAACCCAACAGAGAGGAGGUUGCUGUCGCACACUGGCGACCCCUGAUGCACACCGAAGGAGACCACAUGACUCUCAUUAAUAUUUAUAACACCUUCAUUGAGCAUAAUCAGGAUGAAGCAUGGUGCACGACAAACUUCCUCAGUCACGCCGCCUUACGAUUGGCCGUGGUGAUCAGGGCGGAGCUGCUGGAAGUGAUGCAACGAAUCGAGCUUCCUGUUUCUCCUCCUGCUUUUGGAUGCCAAGACAACUGCACGAACAUCAAGCGCGCUCUCAUCUCAGGCUUCUUCCUCAAAGUGGCUCAUGAUGUGGAUGGUUCAGGUAACUACCUCCUGCUAACUCACCGCCACGUGGCUCACCUGCAUCCCUUCUCCUCCUACCUGUGUCGGCAACCGUGCCCGAAACCCCCGAGCUGGGUCCUGUACCACGAAUUCACCAUCUCCUGUGAUAACUGCAUCCGCAUCGCUUCAGAAGUCCACCCUCAGAUGCUUGUGGAGUUGGCCCCUCAGUACUACCUGGGAAACCUGCCGUCGAGUGACGGCAAAGAGCUGCUCAUGGAGCUGAGGCAGAGUCUGGAGCCCCCAUCAUACGAGCCGGACCAGGGGUCAGACGAGCACAGCAGGACUCACAGAGACGCAGAGGGGACAGGAGAGACUCACAGUGAGUCCAGCACUGAGCUCUGUGUUGUCCAAUGAGACCGAAGAAGAGACUUAAAACACACGGCUGUCACUUUAUAGUUUGAUCUGAGAUUUGGUACUUUGUAUAAAUUAAGAUUUAAUCAUUUUCAUGUGUGAUUUUCAAAUGGACCUUUACUGGAAAACACUAAUGUACAGUAAUGUAUUGUGAAUAUAUCUUAUAUGCAGUGGCUUUGGUAAAUAUUUAAACCCUUUCAUUUUCUCCUUGUUGUGCUAUGGUGUGUUUGUUAUUCUAUAAAAAAGUUUAAUAAUAGUCUGUAAUCACUUUCUCAUUGCGGGUUGCUGUGUGCACAGCGGCACACAAACAGUGAUUGUAAUUUGUGUCAUUUUUUUAAUUAAUCACUAGAGACUUCAGCUAAAAGCAAUACGCACUACUUCAGAGAGCAGAGACACUGUUAUGGUUUACCUUUGACCUCUAUGCAGAUGCCCAUGAACAGGUGGCUUCUCAGGGCUCACUGUGAUGCACAGAGCUUCUAUUUUCAACGUUUUGAUACUGUUUGUAUAAUGUUUUGGGUUUCCUGCUUUGAUCUUUGUGUCAGUAAUGAAAAAUCCUAUUUAAUAGGAUGUCUGUUAAAACAGUGCUUCAAUACUUUAAAUAAAAGGUUUUUUUUAUGUUUGAAA